AUGUUUAAAUCAAAACAAAAAAGAGUACUUAGAUAUGCAUCAGACAUUCAUUUAGAGAUGAAUGCAACUGUCAAAGAGAAUCAGGAGUUGAUUGAUUUGUACACAUUUGAAGAGAAAAAGGAUACUACCUAUUAUCUGGCACUGUUGGGUGAUAUUGGAACAGGUGGUAAACCAUCACAACAAGACGUGUUGAAAGAGUUCUUGGGCAAGGUUUCAAACAAGUACAAGACUGUAUUCUACAUACUGGGUAAUCAUGAAUAUUACAGCCACUCUGAUAGAUUGUCAAUGACAGAGAUACAGAAAACACUCAGAUCGAUAUGCUCGUCAUUUCCAAAUGUCAUCUUUAUGGAUAAUGAUUCAUAUAUGUUGGAUGAAUACAAGAUAUUGGGUACUACUCUAUGGUCAAAUGUAUCAAAUGAUAAAUCUAAAAUGAUUGAAUCUUCUAUUAAUGAUUAUAGAUGUAUUUAUAAAGAUGAUGAAACAUCAACAUCGACAGAUCAAAAAGUGGGUGGUACCACCACCAAAAGAGUAAAUGUACAAGACACGAAUAAUCUUCAUAAUCAAGCAGUUCAAUGGAUUGAAAAUGAAAUAGAAUCAGCUGGAGAAUCACCUGUCAUUGUUCUCACACAUCAUGCUCCAUUGUACUCUGACAACAAACGACUACUUUGUGAUCCAAAAUUUAUAGGUGGUGAUAUUAAUUGUGCUUUUCAUACGGACCUCUCCCGAUUGAUGAAAUCACCUGUCCAAUAUUGGCUCUAUGGCCACACUCAUUGGGUAUCAUCAUUUAAAUACAAUGGUGUUACUGUAGCAACCAAUCAAAGAGGUUAUUUCUUUGAACAUGUGGGUUUUAAUCCCUCUACUUUUGUAUUAGUAUUUGGUCAAUCAAUGACUCCAAUUGGUGAAAUUCAAUUCUAUGAUACUACUCCAGAUAGAAAUAGUGAUUUUGAAAGUGCUUAUUGGAUUGCAAAUGAAUAUGGAGAAUUAGGAAUGGUAGAGUCUACUUUAGGGCCUGAUGGAAAACCAGUUUAUGCUCACACUGGUGCAAGCCCUCUUGGGUCUAUUCAAAGUCCACAAACUUUUGCAGCCUACUUUAAUGCUGUUCCCGAUGUUACCAUCCAACUUACAACGGGUGAUGAUUCCAAUCCAUGUACUAUUGAUACAUGUACAAAUGGAACUUGUAGUCAUGAUGAUUUAUGUACAACCACCAGUCUAUGUGAAAAAGCAAGAUGUAGAGUAAAUGGAGAUAUUGGAGAAUGUGAUGAUGGUGAUCCCAAUACUGUUAAUGCUUGUUCAGAAGGUCAAUGUAUAAUAGUAUCUGAAUGUUUACCAGGAGAUCUAUGUGAAGAUGUUGUUUUGGUCAACAAUACUUGUAUAUUUAUACCAAAUUGUAUAACAGAAGAUUUAUGUUACCCUAAAUCAUGUGAUGCUACCCAAGGAUGUACAAGUACAACUAUGAAUUGUGACGAUGGAGAUUCUUGUACUGACGAUUCUUGUUUUGAUGGAAAUUGUGUUCACAAUGAUAUUUGUACAUCAACAACUACUGCAGUGGUUUCAACCUCUGGAGUCGUCUCAACUACUGGUCAAACAAUUACUACCUCUAGUGUCGUAACUACUACUGCCAUUGUUACGACAACCUCUCAAUCAACUACCACCUCUCAUUCAACGACCACUUCUCAUUCUUCAACAACCUCUGAACCAACCACCUUUUCAACAACCACUGGAGGAGCAGUGACUAUUGGUACUUCAAUAUCUACUUGCACUGGACCAAGUAUCACAUUGGGAGGAACAACCCAUCAUCAUGAAGAAUGUGAGAUUAAAAAAGAUGGAAGUAGUGUAGGAUGUCCAAAAGGGUAUCACUGUGUUGUGGUCAAUGGAAGAAAUACUUGCAUCAACAAUCAAGACGAUUGUCCUCCAAUAAAGUGUAGUAAUGAUCCAUCCCCGAAUCCCAGUACCUAA